AUGCUUAAACGGAAGAAGCAAACGGAAGAUGCUGACACGGUGAAGCUGCCAAUUCCUACCAAUGAUUGCGAAGACCCAUUGGGAGAGGAAGGAGACUUUGUUGAGUAUACUGUUCACAUACAAAGUCAUACCGUCGUGAACGCAACCGGUGCCGGAAUAGGCCAUGGUCAAAAGCCAUUUCACAUCCGUGAUAUUGUGGAGGUUCUGUUGACUAAGACUACCGUUCGAGCAAGGGAAGCAAUUUUUGAAUACAACAAAGGAGCGAAGGUGCAUGAAGCAAACGGAUCUAUCGCUAGUAUCUUGGAAUGGGCGAGUGCAGGAAAACUUGACCCACUACAACGUCGUGCGUUCGAGGCCAUUAUAUCGGCCUUUCUGUUGACAUUCUACAAUGAGGUGGUAGACAAGGAGAACGAUGGCUUAAUUGAAGUCACUGUGAUCGAGAAGUAUCGCAAUACGAAGAAAAACCUGAAAUGA